GCUGCUCUCUUCUUGAAAAACCCUAAGCAAUGAACACUCAUCUUCAAAUUCAUCGAUAUCUUCUCGACUAUCACCAUCAUCAAACACAACAACCUUACUCAUGGCCCACACCUGGCCCACCUGACGAAAACCCUAGUCCUGUUUUAGAAGGUAUCGGUGCAAUCGUCGGCGAGCACGUCCUGUUCGGCCGCUCCGCCGCCGUUAAAUCCCCUGACAACAAGAACACGGCGAAAGAGGAUCAUAGCGGCGGAGAAGCUGCACACGCGCCGCCGCAGGAGAGGAGUUACAGGGGAGUGAGGAAGCGGCCGUGGGGGCGGUGGUCGGCGGAGAUACGCGACCGCAUAGGGCGGUGCCGGCACUGGCUAGGCACGUUUGACUCGCCGGAGGAGGCUGCGCGUGCUUAUGACUCGGCGGCGAGGAGGCUUCGAGGGUCGAAGGCGAAAACCAACUUCGAGAUUCCCUCCGUGUUUCCGAUAUCUCCGGGGACGGAGGGGUCGUCGUCGUCGUCGUUGUCGUCGGAAGUGAAGAAGAGGAAAGCCGGCGGGGCCAAGACCGGGGCCCACAAGAGGAAGUGUGCAGUGGUGACAUCUAUGGCUCAGUUAUUUAGUAACACUACAGCUUGUGUCACUCAAGUAGAGCCUAGAAACACAAAAUUUCAGGAAAAAAUAAAAAAUAUGAAUUUUGAUGAAGGGGUUGAUUUAGAGCUGGAUUUGAAGUUAGGGACAACUAGCUUCAGCUUUAAUGGUGGGUUUUUAAUGUAGCUAGGUUUUGAGUUAGUUGUGUUGUAGUGUAGCUUCCCUUGGAAAUGUAAUGCUGUAAGAAUUAAGAUUAUUACUAUUAGGUAAUUAAGUGUUGUAGUUAAGUGUGGUUUAGUUUGGUAGUACUGUAAUGACUAGAGAUUAAUGUUGGUGCAUGUGUUUUAUACUGUUGUAAAAGUGGAGGAAAUCAUGGUACGGUUGUUUUCCGGCGUGGCUGUUGAAGAUGAAUAGGGAAA